AAGAAUAAUGUAGACAGUCGAAACAGCUGUACAACAUCUGUCUGUGUGCAAGAACUGAAGCAGCUGCCUUAACAAGAUGAAGCUCUGCAUCCUCUUCAUGUGCCUGACCCUCUUUGCAAUCAUUAAUGGAAUGCCUCCACUCAGCAGGGACUACAACACACACUGUCGCUGCCUUCAGGUGGAGUCCAGGAUCAUUCCUCCGGACAGUCUGAGGAGCAUCAAGCUCAUCCCUGAAGGUCCUUACUGCGCAAACGCUGAAGUCAUAGCUGGGCUAGCGAGUGGAGAGAAGGUCUGUCUGAAUCCUCGGUCCACGUGGGUGAAGAAGCUGGUCCACUUUAUUCUGCAGAAGCAGCUUCAUCAGCAGGGAAGAGCAGGCGCCAAGAAUCAGGCAUAAACAUGCAGAGAGAAUCUGCCUCCUGCAAACUGAGCCACGCUGAUUUACUUUAAUGAUGAAUACAUGACAGCAUAUCGGUUUUGUUUACCCUUUAACUUCUUUAUACUCUUUGGCUCUGCUCAGGGGGUUUUCAGGGAGUGUGAAACUUGCUGUUAUAUUUGAAUGGAACGUAUAGUAGAGCCAUAACAUUAAAGUGUGCAGAGUAAAGAGUUAAGUGUAAGCUGAAAUGUAUAACUCUACGCUGUACACAGGUUUUAAUAUAGAAUUCCAUGUGCUGAUGCUUCCUUAUUAUUUUCCUUAAGUUCUUCAUUGCUGUUUUGUAUCAAGGUCCAAAGUUCUAAAAACAAUAAAACAUGUUUAUGAUGUAAAA